GCCUUUUCGCGCGCGUUAUCUGGGAAGUCGUCUAUUUCGCAACAACCCCACCCCACCACAGUUUCUCCAUCCCCAUUUCCAUCGCAUCGCAUCGCAACGAACAGCGCACAGUCUGCAGUGCCCUGCUCAAUACAUUCAUUGAUCUAGGCGAUUCGAUUCGAAAUCCGAAUUCCGCAUCAAAGUACUGCGCUUGCGCCCGUUCGCGAUCUCGAAAUAGGAGAUCCUCCGCAGCUACAUUUCUCAGCCGCAAGAACAGGACAGGACAGGACCGGACGUCAUCACAUCCUCCCCUCCUCUCCACAAUACUAUACAUAACCUUCCUCCUCUUAAUAUUGUUGUCGGUCGCAAUCAAUAGCGAUCCGAUCAUCUCGUCGAGCAGCGCACUGUAGGGGAGACAUUGAUUUGUUCUUCUCCUCAAACGGUACGACUUCACCUUCCGACGUCAAGAACACAAUCACCCCGCCCCUCCUUUGUCACCUCCUCCUCCUCCUCCUUUCAUACUUCAUCAUCUCCUCACUCUCGACUUCGAGUCGCCAUAAAACGAUCUCGAACGUCAUCGCUCCCCCACACUCUCGAUCUGACAUUUUCCUCUUCAGACCUGCUCCUCACUCUCGAUCUAUCAAAUACAGAAGCGCAUACCUUCAAGAUGGAUCAGAUUCAGACACAUCCUUCGAACGCCGCACAGGCCAAAACCUUCAUCGCUCCGGGCUCUCUGUCAUUCCCAGGUGGUGCUGGUGAACUGACUCCUCCAUCCUCCGAGGCAGACAAGCAAAAUGUUCAGAGACCAGGACAGAUGAAUGGUGGUGUACAGCAGGGUGCCCAAGGCCAGAACGGUAACGGGGUGACUCCUGCGACGCCUGCUGCGACCCCUGGUGCGACGACGACUGGCGUCAGUGGUAUCGUUCCUACACUACAAAACAUCGUUGCCACGGUUAAUCUCGAUUGCCGACUGGACCUCAAGACGAUCGCCCUUCAUGCCAGAAACGCUGAAUACAACCCAAAGCGUUUCGCCGCCGUUAUCAUGCGUAUUCGUGAGCCAAAGACAACUGCUUUGAUCUUCGCAUCGGGCAAGAUGGUCGUCACCGGAGCCAAGUCUGAGGACGAUUCCAAGCUUGCAUCUCGCAAGUAUGCUCGCAUCAUCCAAAAGCUUGGUUUCAACGCAAAGUUCACGGACUUCAAAAUCCAGAACAUCGUUGGCUCCUGCGACAUCAAGUUCCCCAUUCGUUUGGAAGGUCUUGCAUCGCGCCAUCACAAUUUCAGCUCCUACGAGCCUGAGUUGUUCCCUGGUCUCAUCUAUCGUAUGAUCAAGCCGAAGAUUGUGCUCCUCAUCUUCGUUAGUGGCAAGAUUGUCCUCACUGGUGCGAAAGUCCGUGAAGAGAUUUAUCAAGCCUUCGAGAUGAUCUACCCUGUGCUUCAAGGUUUGUUCUCUCACGCCGUAUUUGGGCGGCUCAAACUAACCCUCUACAGAUUUCAAGAAAGUCUGAUCUGGCUAUGCCACGAUCUGCAUCAGUGGUACGAUCACUUGGCCUACACCCACCGCCAUGUACCAACACCUCCCUCCCCAAUACCAAUUGUACAAGUAUUGCCGAUUUACGAUAUUACGAAACCAUCCCCAAAAGCUUGCGCACUGGUGACAAGCACUGUCAUUAAACACACACAGUCUUGCUUGAUUCAUCAGUUGCCAAAACAACUCACUGCAUUGCACCGGCGUCUGGGGAAAAGAGUCGAGAAAGGCUCUCCAUAUUUGAUUUUACUUUUAGCAUGCUGCUUGUUUCUUGCAAAGAACAUAGAUUGCACACCCAUAGGCGAUGGCAUGUGCGCCGGACGAAGAUGCCGUCAUAAUUGCUCCUGGCCUUCACCGGUCCAGACAUUUUUCUUCUCCUGAGCAGGCUGUUGUUGCAUCAGGGGGAUCUCAGGCGGGAAGCCUUCGCGCAGGGCAGCAACUCCGACUUACUUUUUGACGUCGUGCUGACCCCUUUUUUUCUUUUUUUUUUUUUUUUAUAUACACAUCGUGUUGGCAGACCCUAGUGACCUCUUUUCCAAGGCGUACAUGCGUGGCUUUAGGUAGCUGGCUUGUGCUGAUGGUUUUGGGCUGUCGUCGAGGAAGUCGGCGAGUCUGCAAUAGAUAGAC